GCAAUUUGGAUACAGUGUGUGUGCGUGUGGGGAUAGAGUUGGGAAGAAAACUGAGAGAGGAAACAUUGAAUGGCGCUACUGCGUCUGUACCCAACCACCACUCUUCCUCGUCUUGCUUCAACUUUCUCCGUUAGAACCAAAUUCGUGGUUCGGAGCAGUAACCUUCAACUUCAAAUGCAACCCAAUCACUCACGCAAGUUAGUUCUGGAAGUGAAGGAGAAGCUUGAAAAAGAACACCAUAGCCUUCCCAUUGGUAGAAAUGGUAGGGAUGAUGAAGAUAUGAUACUAUGGUUUCUGAAAGAUCGCAAAUUUUCUGUUGAUGAAGCUAUUUCUAAGUUGACUAAAGCCAUUAAAUGGCGUCAAGAUUUUGAGGUGUCUAAAUUGACUGAAGAAUCUGUUAAAGAUGUUGCUCAAACCGGAAAAGCAUAUGUACAUGACUUUCUAGAUAUCAAUGACCGACCUGUGCUUGUGGUGGUAGCAGCAAAGCAUUUUCCUAAAGCGCAGGACCCCGCAGACGAUGAGAGGUUAUGUGUUUUCUUAAUCGAGAAGGCAUUGAGUAAGCUUCCAACUGGGAAAGAACAGAUACUUGGAAUAUUUGAUCUAAGAGGUUUUGGUACAGAAAAUGCUGAUCUGAAAUACUUGACAUUCUUGUUUGAUGUGUUCUAUUAUUACUAUCCCAAGCGAUUGUCUCAAGUAUUAUUUGUGGACUCUCCUUUUGUGUUUAAGCCAAUUUGGCAGCUCAUCAAGCCAUUGUUAAAAUCAUAUGCUUCUCUGGUAAGGUUUUGCUCUGCAGAAACUGUCAGGAAGGAAUAUUUUACAGACAAAACUUUGCCACCAGACUUCAGAAAUUGAAAGUUACUUUUGGAAGAUAUGAAAAAUUGCAGCAAAAUUUACAGAGCUACUAUUGUUUACCAUUUAUCUUGGACUUUCAAAGACCAAUAUGUGGAUCUGACAACAGCAACUCACCAUAUAUUUACUAGGAAAAAGUAGUUUCUUGCUUUUAAAAACUCAUGAGAAUUCUGAGAGGAGUUAUGCUGGAGAGAAGGGAAUUAUAUAGUGAGUUGAGAUUGAAAUCAGCUCCUUUUAAGAGUAAUAUUAUAUAAAGGAAAUACUGAAGAUACAAAUUCAUAUACCUGGAAGACACAGGUUUUGUUUAUGCUAUCCGAUCCCGAGGAGCAAGAGUGCAUUUUCAGUUUAUUGGUUUUUGUUUUGUGCAUUUUCAUCUUAUACUUUGAACAAAAUCUCUUGUAUAAGUGGUACAAAAUGGAAUUUGAAAUACAUAUGAUAUUUCUUUAUCCUUAAAUCAUUCCAGUGCUGCAAAUACAAGAUUUGACUGUUAUUAUGAU